GGCUAGACGUGCAGCUGCGGCGGCGGCUGCGGCGGCGUGGGUCUCCUAGGCAGCAGCGGCAGCAGCAUCCCCCGCGGCAGCAGCAGCAGCCCCAGCAGCAGCCCCAGCCAUGGCGGAAGUUCAUAGACGUCAGCAUGCUCGGGUUAAAGGAGAAGCCCCCGCUCGCUCCUCCGGUGCCAGAGAUGAGGAGGAGCUGGGGAUGGCGGCGUCGCCCGAGACGCUGACCGUGUUUCUGAAGCUGCUGGCCGCCGGCUUCUACGGCGUGAGCUCCUUUCUCAUCGUUGUGGUGAACAAAAGCGUGCUCACCAGCUACAGAUUUCCUUCCUCACUAUGUGUUGGACUUGGCCAGAUGCUGGCUACAGUGAUCGUCCUCUGGGUGGGAAAGGCACUCAGGGUGGUAAAGUUUCCUGACUUUGAUGGAAGUAUACCUCGAAAGACAUUUCCACUACCUCUACUGUAUUUUGGGAACCAAAUCACAGGACUGUUCAGCACAAAGAAACUGAACUUGCCAAUGUUUACAGUCCUGCGAAGGUUCUCCAUCUUGUUUACAAUGAUUGCCGAAGGAGUAUUACUGAAGAAGACCUUCUCUUGGGGUAUUAAGAUGACCGUUUUUGCAAUGAUCAUUGGAGCAUUCGUAGCUGCUAGCUCUGACCUGGCGUUUGACCUGGAAGGCUACGUCUUCAUCCUGGUCAACGACGUCCUGACGGCGGCCAACGGCGCCUACGUGAAGCAGAAACUGGACUCCAAGGAGCUGGGAAAGUACGGGCUGCUCUACUACAAUGCACUGUUCAUGAUCGUGCCCACCAUGGUCAUCGCCUACUUCACUGGAGACGCCCAGAAGGCCAUGGACUACGACGGCUGGACCGACAGCUUGUUCCUCCUGCAGUUCACACUGUCCUGCGUGAUGGGGUUUAUCUUGAUGUACGCCACAGUCCUCUGUACUCAGUAUAACUCUGCGCUGACCACCACCAUUGUGGGCUGUAUUAAGAAUAUUCUAAUAACCUAUAUUGGAAUGGUCUUUGGUGGAGACUAUAUUUUCACAUGGACAAAUUUCAUUGGGUUAAAUAUCAGUAUUGCCGGGAGCCUCGUGUACUCCUACAUCACCUUCACAGAAGAGCAGUUGAGUAAACAGUCGGAGCCGAGCAACAAGCUGGACGUUAAAGGGAAAGGAGCCGUGUGAGGCUCGCUGGGGCCCUUCCCGGAGCACUCCACCCCGCACACGGGCAGUGCCAACGCCGACCCGCUUUCCCGGCUCGGGGCGUCUCGGCCCUCCCUCGAUCUCGGCCCUCCCUCGAUCUCGGGCCCGGGGCCUGCACAAUCCGAAGAGUGCCGCCUUCUCCGAUUUUUAUGACAAGAGAAUCUUCUCAUUGAUUCUAUUUUAAACAUGCAGUUUGCAUUAAUUUAUACCAGACUGGAA